AUGAGGAGUUUAUUGAAGAAGGAGAUGGAGAGAUCAGAGACAUUCUCAUUGGUUCUUGAAAAGACAGGAACCAAGCUUCAAGAGAUCAAAACCAAGUUGUUGUGUUUAGAAGCUGAUGUUAAAGUAGAGAGAUGGAGAUGUUCUCCUUUCUCUGACCAUAUCAGUCACACCAUUGCACCCCUAUCUGUUGUUCUGAGAGUCUUUGCUAUGGUUAAAGAACUCGAGAGAUCUCUCAUGUCAUGUAAUGAAGUUCUUGGUUAUGUUUCGGAUGUUAAACUUCUUGCAGAAGCGUUAAAGCUUCUGUCAAGUAGCUGUGUUCUUGCUCUUACCUGGCUUGAAGAUACAAUCCAGUUCCUGUCCCAAAACGGAAUGCCUAAAGAUCAUCCUUGCGGGUUACGGUUCAAGACUUCGAUAGAGAUUCUACGGGAACUGCAAAUGACCGAGGCUCGUGCUCAUCUCAGUGGUGGUAGUCUUUGCACAGAGUUUCAGAAUCUUGAAACAGAGUUUGAGAGGAUACUCGAAGAGGAGGAGGUUUUGUCUGAAUCCAACAUGAGAAAGCUGCAGGCAAUCAUCAAGAGAUUCGAUGCUCACUGUGUGCCUAUUUACAUCAAGAUCCGCACAAGGGUCAUUCAGAAACGGUUUGAGAAUGAUUAUCUACACAAAUUAAUCUCAGAAGCUGACAAUGUGCAGGACAUUGAAGACGUUAUAGAUCAAUGGAGACUUGAUAUGGAGAUAGCUGUUAAAGAGACCUAUGAAUUUGAGAGUAAGCUCUGCUAUGAAGUGUUUAAAGAUGUUGGAGAAGAACAUGUUCCAUCGCGUUUCUUUGGAGCUAUAGCUUCAAGUUCAGGACUCCUUACGCUUCUCAGGUUCGGAUCAAGAGUCAGCAAAUGCAAGAAAGGUCCACCAAAGCUGCUGAAGCUCUUAAAUUGUUUCUCUACAAUGGACAACAUCCGAGUUGAGUUUAACCGGCUGUUCAGAGGAGAUCUAUGUUCAGAAAUACGCAGAGAAACACGGGAGCUUAUUAGCAACCUCAUUAACGGUGUCUGCGAGAUCUUCUGGGAGUUACCUUGUCAGGUGGAGCUUCAAAGACCAAACUGUCCUCCUCUUGAUGGUGGUGUACCUAAGCUUGUGAGUGUUGUGACUGAGUACUGCAACAAGUUACUUGGAGACAAGAACAAGCCGGUCUUGUCCAAGAUUCUUGAGAUUGAUUUGGGUUGGAAGAAGGAAAAGUACCAAGAAGAGAUACUCACAGGUCACAUCUACAACAUACUGAGAGAGAUUGCUUUGAACUUGGAUGCAUGGUCGAGUUUCAACAAAGAAAUAGCUCUUUCUUACAUCUUUAUGAUGAACAAUCACACCCACUUCUGUGGUCUGAGAGAGACACAUCUCGGGAAAAUGAUGGGAGAGUCUUGGUUAAGCGCACAUGAGCAGUACAGAGACUACUACGCAGCACUAUAUGUCAAAGAAAGCUGGGGAAAGCUCUUGUCUCUACUCAAUAUCAAAGCUCAACCUUCGAAAAGAAAGCGAGCCCGUGAGUCCAUUAAGUGUACAUUAAAAGCCUUUGCUAAAGGCUUUGAUGAGUUAUACACAAAGCAAUCAACAUGGGUUGUUGAGGAUAAAGAGCUGAGAUGGAAGAUAUGUCAAGCCAUGGUAAGAACGAUUGUGCCGAGGUACAAAAGUUAUCUCCAGAGUUACAUAAUGCUUCUUGUUGAAGAAGAUCCUACGAGUCCUGGUAAGGACUUGAGUUAUACUUCCAAGGGGUUAGAGAUGAAGCUGAAGACUAUGUUUCAGAGCAAAGAAGAGACAGAGAAGAUAUACAAGUAUUCUCAUUUUGUGAAUAAAGUGAUGGAUUUGGGGGAUACUCCGAAUUCUCACUUGACGUUUGAAGCUAUAUGA